AUGAGGACCACUCAGGAUGCUGUUGAUGUCAUCAAGAAAGAGAGCCCAUCUCCUCCAAAAUUACAUACAUCAUCCAACACCUGCUCACCAUCCACCCACCGUCAUGAGACAAGCCUACACCCACAGCACACGAAUCCUCGCCCAACAACAACAAUCACCAGCACCGAUGGGACUAACAACCACAUAGGAACAGCAGGCCUAGGCAAAUCCACAAUCCUCGCCCUCCUAGCUCACAACCCAUCGCACAUCUACUUCUCAGGCCGCUCCCACGCCUCCGCCAAAGCCCUCAUCGAUGCCGCCGCUUCCUCCUCCUCUUCACCAACCCCUCCACCCCUAACCUUCGUUCCCCUAGACCAAACCUCCCUCCCCUCAAUCCGCGCCGCCAUCAAGGAACACUUCACUCACACCCGCCUCGACAUCCUAAUCAACAACGCAGGCAUCAUGGCCGGCGCCCCCGGCCUCUCAGCCGACGGCUACGAGAUCCAGUUUGCUACGAAUCACCUAGGCCACGCCAUGGUUGUUCGAGAGCUACUACCGGUCCUACUACGUACCGCUGGGGGAUCUGGAUCUUCAUCUAGUGACGGCGGCGGCGGCGACGAUGCCCCGGCUGACGUACGCAUCAUCAACCUCACGUCCGUCGGGUACCAAGCCCACCCGCGCGACGGCAUCUCCUUCGAGACGCUUGGAACAACACAAAAUGGACCGCCGGUUCUGGGCCAAUGGAUUCGAUACGGCCAAAGCAAACUCGCAAACAUCCUCUUCACCCGCGAACUCGCCCGCCGCCACCCCUCCAUAACAACCCUCGCAAUCCACCCAGGCGUCGUCGACACAGGCCUGGUAACAAACCAAAGCCGCCUCAACCGCCUCUUCGUCUACCUCCCGCAAACGAUCAUGGGGUCCUCCGUCCUGACGCCGGAGCAGGGCUGCUGGAACCAGGUCUGGGCCGCGGCGGCGGCCAAGAAGACGGAUCUCGUGAAUGGCGGGUUUUAUAUGCCCGUCGGACACUUGGCGGAUGAUAAGCUGGAUAAGGUGGCGACGGAUGGGGAGUUGGCUGGACGGCUUUGGCGGUGGACGGAGGAUGUUUUGGAUCGGGUUGAGUGA